GUUUAAAAACAGCGCGAGGGGAGCCGUUAGUGCAGGUCAUGACAGCGCUGCCCGUCGCGUGUUAGUGCAGUUGUGCGCAACAACGGUGACCCCCGAAGAGCCCUGACGCUAAAAUGGAUCAAACGGAUAAACGUGACGCCGAGAAGACAGGAAGCCGGCCGGGCAGCAUGAACGCGGAGGACGCCGGCCACGGCGACGCGUCGGGCCGCGGCCCGCCGGGCGCCGCGGGCGCCUCGGAGACGACGCCGCUGCUCGUCCCGGAGCCCGCGCCGGAGCCGGAGCCCAAGUGUGCGCCCAUGAACAAGCAGGAGCUGGAGGCCGCCGCGGGGGGCCGCGGGUGGCGCGGCGUCCGCUGCUACAUGGUGCUGCUCUUCUGGCUGGCCUGGGUCGCCAUGCUCGCCGCCGCCGUCGCCUUCAUCGUGAUGAGCCCGCGUCCGGGCGUCGCGCCGCUCAAGUGGUGGCAGAAGUCGCUGUUCUACCGGCUGCAGCCCGACCUGUUCACGAAGGCGCGAGCCGAGGGAACCGGCGACAUCAACGCCAUGUGUGAGCAGCUGCCCUACCUCAAGUCUCUGGGAGUAGGCGCUCUGAUCCUCGAGGGCCUGUUUGAGGACAAGUCUCUCCUAAGCAUUAAUGGGACCGAGCUGAUUGGGACUGUUCCUCAAAUCAAGCAUCUGAUCACAGAGAGCAACAAAACGGGGCUCAAACUGGUGCUGGACCUCUGUGAACUGAGCUUAUUGGGGCCCCAUGACGUGUCAAGAAACACCGCAACAGUACAGCACGCGCUACGGUUUUGGCUGGAGCACGGCGUGGCAGGUUUUGUCAUUUGUGAAGCUGAUUCAGCAAAUUCUGAAGAGGCUCUGUCAAAGUGGAGAGAUGUCAUCAAUGAGUUCAGCAGGACAAAUGAAGAGCGAAUUGUGGUGGUGAAGCAAGUGGGAGCCUCUCUGCCUCCUCUGAAUGCCACACUGGUCGAUGUGGUCAUGAGGCCACUCCUGCCGUCCAAACGUCAUCGCCUCUCUGCUCAUGAAGUGGUGGCGGCCAUCGAGACGCGCCUGCGAGCGCCAGAGGAAAAGAUAUGGCCGAGCUGGACGAUUGGAGGUAAAGCGUCUCAUAACCUGAAGAAAUUGCUGCUGGUGUUGAUGAUGACGAUGCCAGGAUCACCUGCAGUCCAGUACGACUCAGUCCUCCAAACACGGAACGAGACUCUGAAGGUCCAGAUGUUUCAUGGACAGAACGAUUCAUCUGAUGCGGAUAAUCGAACAUCAAAUUCGACUGCAGCUCUCUUCAGCUCCCUCAGUUUCUCCAGAGCCAGAGAAAGCACUCUUCUGUACGGCAGCCUCACCUUCCUCCCCUACUCCACCACCAACUCCUCAAACAGCACGUCUUCGUCCUACCCAGUCCUGGCCUUCACUCGUUCCUGGAGUUGCGUCUGCUUCCUGGUUCUGCUUAACGUCGGGGCGGAGAUCCGCGUUCCUGAGCCUGACUGGGCCCUGGGCCUGCCCAAGGAGGGCGUGUUUGUGGCCAGCACCGGCAUGGACCGCAUGGGGCCGACGACCCUGGACACCCUGGAACUGCAGCCGCACGAAGCAGUGGUCAUCAAGUUUUAGACACUGUUAGUGGUGCAAGUGUCUGUUUUCUGAUUCUGUGCUCAGGCUACUGAAAAUAAACUGGUUUAUUUGUAAAA